AUGCAGUAUUUGGACUAUUGCUGCGGACUUGUGGAUGAAUGCUAUGACUGUCUGCAAAUCCAAGCAAAAGCAUCCACAAACCAAUCGACUUUACCGUCAGUGGGACAGCGCCUACAUCGACUCCACUCGAACCAUCACGAACAAAGCAGAAGCAAACGCAAAGAUACCCAGGAAUCAUGCCCAACAAUCGAACCUGACGAAUCAAAAAAAUUUGGCCGGUUGGAUGUUGUGAUGAUCUUUCGCUCGGAAAAACAAAUCAUUGUUCAACCUCUCAUGGUGAAGACGACCAAGGCCUUACAAAGCAAAAAAGGGAAAGCAGUUCUUUCGAAACUGCAUCCACAUUCCAGACGAGCCAAACAAAUCACCAGAAUCGCUUUGCGCGACGAUAAGUUGGCGCUGAAUAAGAAAGAAAAGAAGAAGCUUGGGAACGCGUUAACGAGCCGAUUGAUAUGGUUCAUCGAAGCGAACAAACAAGAAGCCAGAACGAAAGACCCCUCGGGCCAACCCGCCCUCCCGAUCCCUUCAGCCGACCUAUCGACCCUACACGUCCUGAUCACCAGCUUCAUCGCUCGAAAUUCAUCCCUGAUCAACGAAGAAACCUCCAAACGAACCAAACACUUCUCCAACCGACCUAAAUCUACCGCGCUUGAAAAACUCGAAUCGUUACGUCGCUCGGAAUUAAUCGAAUAUUCUACAAACGGCUUCUUGAUACCGGAUCUACGGACGGCGGAGAAUCUGAAGUUGCUAGACCAAUGGAAGGAUGAACACCGAUGUGACCGCUCCUUCCUCGCCCGAGUCAAGCUGAUCCGACUGUUCAAAGAUGAGCCGACAAGGGUGAUGGAGGAACAACGAGGAGCAACUGACUCCUUCCGGCUCGACGCUGGCCUCCCAACACCCGAUGACGACGACGACGACGACGAUGAUGAUGAUGAGGAUGUCCAGCUCAUUGAGGUUGAUGAAUGA